AUGUCUAAACGGUCACAAUCCAAAGAAAAUAAUGCCUUCUCUAACCACACAACUAUGAAUCUGGGGACAGAAACUAUGAAUCAAAGCACAAGUGCCCAUGUGGACUUUGAGAUUAGUAGCACAGAAUGCUUCGCUACUGAAUCUAAAAGAAACCGAUCCGAUACUUUUCCAGACAUUGAGAGAAGCGUAGAAGAGGGUUUUGCGGAUAUUUUACGAACUAUGGAAGAUGGUUUCACCAGGCUUGAGAAGAAUCAGAAUCGAAUUCUAAAUGCCACAUUCGCCGUGAUGGUAUUAAUAACUAUCUUUCCGACAUUAGAAGUAUGGUAUGAGUCGGUGCUGCUCAACUCGGAUCUUGAGAAGCGAGAUCUUAUUCUUAAAGACGGAAAAGUUUAA